CCACGUUUAUUUCUGAUUAUUUGCGUUGUAGUUGGUUUGUGAAAUGAAACAGGACAAUUUGUAAAAAACGCUUAUCCUGGAUGUGGGGUACGCACUCGACCCAGCAGUGUUCCUGGAAGGAGUUACGCUAUUCGAGGGGAGAGUCCAUGUCGAGUUUUUAAAAAAAAGCAAGUCCAGGACCGGAUCAGGACCCAUGUUCUAGAGCGUCUUCGGAUUCUGCGUUCCGGCGCUACCCCUCCAAUGCUACAACUUGGAGAAGUUUUCCAGAGUCGGUGAGGGUAAGUCUAAAAAGUCUAAAAAGAGUUGACCCAAACCCAGGUGAUCGUUCCUUAGCCUCUUCCUCUAGCCUGGACCCUGAGAACAAAGGCGCACGAGAGGAGAAAGGUGACCAGCUGGACAGCGCUGGUCACGUCCAAACGGAAGCCCCUCUCCCCUAGCUCCUUCGUCCCAAGAAGGAAGCUUUUAAAGGAGACUCCCUCACCCCACCCUAAGUAUCCAUCACCCUGCUCAGGCGCACCUGGGGAGACCGCCCCGAAAGCCCAAGAGGAAGCUCAGAGCUGCGGCGGCCGCGGAGCCACUCGGCGGUAUGACGCAGGGUCCAACCGGGAUUGCCCGACCCCAGGCGGGAGAGACGAUUCUUGUAGAUUUCGGGGGAGGGGGCUGCGCUCCAUUGUUCACUCCGUGCCAAUCAGGGUUUGCCCACUUCCUCCCAGCCAAUCCCACUUCAACCCCGCCUUCCACCCAACCUUCCCCGCCCAUCAGCCCCCAGGUCCCCAUCACCUCCCCGGCUUCCCUAGCAGUUCUGGGGAAGCUUCGUGACGCCACAGGUCCCGCCCCCAGCUCCGGCCCGGGGCGAGUGCGUGCUGACGUCAUGCUGCGUGCGGGCCGGUGCGGAAUCGCUCCUUCAACUCCGCGGGGCAGGAGGAGUUAGUUAGCAAAGAGCAGAGGCUGGGCGCACGACCCUCGUCCUUCUGCCCCUGGCCGCACACUUUGCGCACAUCUCUUUUCUGCAUGGUGGAUAUUAUUUUUCAUUAUCCUUUUCUGGGUGCUAUGGGGGAUCAUUCCAAGAAGAAGCCCGGGACGGCCAUGUGCGUGGGCUGCGGGAGUCAGAUCCACGACCAGUUUAUCCUGCGUGUAUCGCCCGACCUCGAGUGGCACGCCGCUUGCCUGAAGUGCGCCGAGUGCAGCCAGUACCUGGACGAGACGUGCACGUGCUUCGUGAGAGACGGGAAAACCUACUGCAAACGGGACUACGUCAGGCUGUUCGGGAUCAAGUGCGCUAAGUGCCAGGUGGGCUUCAGCAGCAGCGAUCUGGUGAUGCGGGCGCGGGACAGCGUAUACCACAUCGAGUGCUUCCGCUGCUCAGUGUGCAGCCGCCAGCUGCUGCCGGGCGACGAGUUCUCGCUGCGGGAGCACGAGCUGCUCUGCCGCGCCGACCACGGCCUCCUGCUCGAGCGCGCCGCGGCCGGCAGCCCGCGGAGCCCCGGCCCACUGCCCGGUGCCCGGGGCCUGCAUUUGCCAGACCCUGGGGCGGGCCGGCAGCCCUCGCUGCGCCCGCACGUGCACAAGCAGACGGAGAAGACAACCCGCGUGCGGACCGUGCUCAACGAGAAGCAGCUGCACACACUGCGAACGUGCUACGCGGCCAACCCGCGGCCCGACGCGCUUAUGAAGGAGCAGCUGGUGGAGAUGACCGGUCUGAGCCCGCGGGUUAUCCGCGUCUGGUUCCAGAACAAACGAUGCAAAGACAAGAAGAAAUCCAUUCUCAUGAAGCAGCUGCAGCAGCAGCAGCACAACGACAAGACGAGCCUCCAGGGACUGACCGGGACGCCCCUCGUGGCGGGCAGCCCUAUCCGCCACGAAAGCGCGGUGCAGGGCAGCGCAGUCGAGGUGCAGACGUACCAGCCGCCGUGGAAAGCACUCAGCGAGUUCGCCCUCCAGAGUGACCUGGACCAACCUGCCUUCCAGCAGCUGGUCUCCUUCUCCGAGUCCGGCUCCCUGGGUAACUCCUCCGGCAGCGACGUGACCUCCCUGUCCUCGCAGCUCCCCGACACCCCCAACAGCAUGGUGCCAAGUCCGGUGGAGACGUGAGGGGGACCCCUCCCCGUCAGCCGGCGGACCUCGCAUGCUCCCUGCAUGAGACUCACCCAUGCUCAGGCCAUUCCAGCUCCGAAAACUCUCUCGCCUUUUAAAUUCUCAUUAUUGCUAUUUAAAGAGAGAGGGCCGAGAGAAACGGUCAGGACAGCCAUAAGCGCCAGGACGCAACCUGCUUUCGCCAGACUGGAGACCCCUGCUCCGAAGACUUUAUUUUUUCACGACCAGAAUUUGAGAUUUACCAGGGUUAGGUCUGCUCUCGCCUCCCCCACGCACCGUGGCCGCUGCCGCUCUGUCUCUCCUCGCCCC